AUAGCUAUGAUCUAACAAUCUAUCUACAAUAACUAAUAAGGCCAUGUAUUCAAACAGUUGGUUGUUAGAUAGCAUUGGCCUGUUCAAGUGCAUGGAUUAAUAUUUUUAUUGCCGUUGUCAGACAAAGGCUGUGUUUAAAUAUGUCUCGUGGGAGCAGCACUAAGAGGGCGUGGUUUGAGCAACAGGUGACUUCUGAGAAGAAACAUUAUUUUGAAUCUGGGACCAUGAACAAAUCAACGGGUUCCUAAAUGUCUUUUUUUUGGGGGCACCUCAAACAUUUUUUUAUAUAUAUUGCUGACAGAAACACACCUUUAGACCAAAGGAGUAUAGAAGUGUAGUUUUGGAGAGACUGUGCUCUACAAAGUGCAACAGACAUUUUCAGCAACAGACAUUUUGUGGAUUGAUCUACUGUAAGACCAAGCUGCCUGUGAGUCUGGGAGACAUUACAGUUAUAUCUGUGCGUGUAAGACUCUGAAACAUCUGAUGGGAACUGCUGAACUAUCGAUUCUCAUAAAGGAAGCAACCAAGGCAGAAGUGAAAAUGAAUGUAGCGAGUCGAUUCACAAAAAAACGAUGGAUUCUAACUGUGAUUGGACUGAUCCUCUACGCCGCGGACAUUGUGCUUGAUAUCAUUCUGGGACUCAAGUAUUUAAAAAAUGGACACCUCGUCUGGGGCAUUCUGACGUUGGUGUUUAUCCUUUGUGCGUCAGUAUGUACACAAAUAUUCAGCUACAUGUGGUUCAGAGAUGACAAGCUUAGAGAUGGCACCAAGGAGUCAUGGCACCUCAUUAUUGGACUACAUCUCUCACACAUGGGCAUCUUCACAAGGUAUUCCCAGAUGCUCAUUGAUAGCUUCAAGGUGGUUUGGUGCAAAUCCACCACACUUGGCAACGACCACCUGAAGUUGUUUGGCCAAGCCACAGAUCUGAGCAUGCUCCGUCUGUUUGAGGCCUUCUUGGAGAGCGUUCCACAGCUGUUGCUCCAGCUCUACAUCUUCCUCCUGGGACAUGGACACAACUCAGUCAUUCACUAUCUCUCCAUGGCUGCAUCCUUCUUGAACGUUGCUUGGGCUGUGGUAGACUACCGUCGCUGCCUCCGGAGGUCUCUGCCCCAGCUGAAGGAGAUGCCCAACGGCCUGCCCACCAUCGUUUACCUCCUCUACAAGCUCUUUGCCAUCAGCGCGCGUAUCUUCAGCCUGAGCUUGCUCCUGGUGUUGAGUCCCUUCAGUAUCUUGUACCUGGCCCUGGUGUGGUUCCUCAGCACGGUGUGGGCCUUCUUCCAGAAGACUGACUUCUGCACGUCAACAGCCCUGGAGAUCCUGUACCGCGCCAUCGUCGGCAUCAUCCUCGUCUUCACCUUCUUCAACAUCCAGGGCCAGGGGACGAGGGCGCACAUGCCCAUCUACUACAUCUUCUACGUCCUCCAGAGCAUCUCGGCCCCUCUCUUCUUGUGGAUGUGGAAGCCGGAAGUGCUGAGGUACGAGUACGGCACUGGCAUCAUCAUAGCAGGCUUAUCCAUCGGGCUGGGCCUGCUGUGUGUGUACUACGGCCUCUUACACCAGGGGGGAGAGGAAGAGGGGGCAGAGGAGCGUGUGGCUGAUCAGGAUGAGGUGGACAACAUGCACAGACAGGUGUCUGAAUCAGUCAUAUCACCACGAAUGAAGAAAUUCCUACAGAUCUGAUAGGCUCGUACUGUUUUAUAAGCACUUUAAUGCAUUGCGUGACCAUUAUUUGGUUGGCAGACUGUACAUUUCUUUAUAUUUAUUUCAGCUGAAUUUUAAAGGCACUUUACUGCUUCCUUGCAUACAAGCACUCUUCCUAAAGUAUUGUGACUAAUUUGGCACUUGCCAUCAAUAUGUGACUCAUGAGACUGUUCACGGCUGGAUUGAAGGACUUCAGGACUGCUCAUAUCAGCUGCAGUUUGCCUGAAUUUUAAUAGCACUAUAUAACUAUCGAAACUCUCUGUGACCCAAAAAGAUAACGAAAUGUUCAUUGAUUCCCUUUGAACGUGUGCCUCAACUAGUUUUUGUGGUUCUCAUAUAGGCUUACUGGCAAACAGACUUUCAGAUCCUAUGAUAUUAACUUCUAGUGCAUGUUUGUUGGUUUUGUUGGUGCUGUUGUAGCGCAACACAAGAUUACUGAUCUAGUUUCCACUAGAUGGCGGCAUUGUUUAAAGACGAUAAUUACUAUUGGACGAUAUGGUCACCUUCCUGGACUGAUAAGCCAGGUUCAGAUGAAAGUCGACAUGGGCACUCUUUUUGUGAGUGUAUAGUUUUUUUAACAGUAAUUUUAUUCUGUGUAUAGGAACUGUUUUUACUUAUUUAUUUGUCUUCCUUCAGUCUGUAUGAUGGUCAUUUCCAAGAGAGGUUGAAAAUAGAGGUUUUCUACAGUGUUGAGUGUGUGGCGUCUCUUGACUUUAUAACCUCUGAAUGGCCCAUAAAUGACACAUGAA